AUGGCCAUCAAAACAUACUUUGAUCUUGCGUGGGAAGGUCCAACGUUGGACUCCAAGGGCCAGCCCACCAGUGAUGUUAAAAGUCAGACUGGCCGUAUCAAUUUUCUCCUAUACGACGACAUUGUCCCCAAGACAGCCGAGAACUUCCGUGCCCUCUGCACUGGAGAGAAGGGCUUCGGCUACUCAGGAUCGAAGUUCCAUCGUGUGAUCCCGGACUUUAUGUUGCAGGGUGGUGAUUUCACACGUGGCAACGGCACUGGAGGUAAAUCCAUUUACGGCGAGAAAUUCAAGGACGAGAAUUUCGCUAGGAAGCAUGUUAAACCCGGUCUGCUAUCAAUGGCGAACGCGGGACCACACACCAAUGGUUCGCAGUUCUUCAUCACUACUGUCGUCACCUCUUGGCUUGAUGGCAAGCAUGUUGUCUUCGGCGAAGUCGCAGACGCUGAGUCAAUGCAUGUCGUGAAGUCUAUCGAGGCUACUGGCAGCAGUAGUGGUUCGAUCAAGUUCAAGUCACCCCCAACCAUCACCGGUUCCGGUGAAGCCUAA